UGAUCGUAUAUAGAACCACACGUCUUGAGUGCGUCGUUCUAUGGGCCAAAACAACGUUUCGGCUACCGAUCCCGAUUGCGGUGUAAAUGCCUUGGUAAAUUACACUCUCGGAGAUGGUUUUGGCAAACAAAAGGAGUUCGAGGUGCGAUCGGCCAGCGGCGAAAUUUGUAUAGCCUCAAAUUUGGAUUAUGAGACUAGGAACGUUUACGAGUUUCCCGUUAUAGCUACUGAUAGAGGUGGAUUGAGUACAACGGCAAUGGUCAAAAUUCAAGUUACCGACGUUAACGAUAACCGUCCAACAUUCUACCCUCGCGAGUACAACGUUUCGCUUCGCGAGGGUGGCGCAUCGUCAUCAGCAACAACUCCCGUCGUGGUGGUUGUCGCCUCGGACGCCGAUUCGGGACGUUACGGCACGGUAACGUACAGAAUUGUAACGGGAAACGACGCCGGACUGUUUCGAAUUGAUCGAAACAGCGGCGAAAUCUUCGUCGGACGACCUAACUCGCUAUCCACCAGAAGCCAACCCUUUCAUCACCUGAACAUAUCCGCCACGGACGGUGGGGGCCUCAAAUCCAUCGCCGACGCCGAGAUUUUCAUUAGCAUAAUCGACUCGGCUCAACGUCCACCAAUUUUUGAGCAGACAAGAUACACGUACUCAGUAAAAGAAAACGCCAAGCGAGAUACAUUUGUCGGAGCCGUUAAGGCAUCUGUCUUAGAUUCUGGUCACCACGCCAUCCGUUACUCCAUAUAUUCCGGCGAUCCCGAUGGAUUUUUCCGCAUAGACGCUUCGACCGGCUCAAUCCGCACGGCGUCCACCUUGGAUCAUGAGAUGAGAGCCAGCAUUCUUCUAAACAUUCAGGCGACGAGCGGCAAUCCGCCCGCUUAUGGACAUACCCAAGUCAAUAUUGAAGUUGAAGAUGUGAACGAUAACUCCCCCGAAUUCGAAUCGAGCACGGUGCGAAUUUCGGUACCUGAAAACGUUGAAAUUGGAACACCCAUCUACGCGGCCAAUGCGAGGGAUAAAGAUUCGGGUAUUAACGGAGUGGUCCGCUAUAAGCUGUCGAAUAACGCCCUGAAGGCCGGUCUAUUCUCAGUCGAUCCGAAAUUGGGCCAUCUCACAAUCAUCAGAAAUCUGGAUUACGAGACCGUUCAACGUCACAGCCUGAUCAUUACCGCUUCCGAUACCGGAGUUCCGUCCCUUUCGGCGAACUUGACCGUUCUCGUCGAGGUCCAAGAUGUUAACGAUAAUCCUCCUGUUUUUGAACGGGCGGAAUAUACGAUUAAAGUGCCGGAAUCUCUUCCUGUCAACUCACAGAUUUUGCAAGUAACCGCCCUGGAUUUGGAUACAGGAAACAACGCCCGCUUAACAUACCGUCUAAUCGCGUCCAACGAUUCCGUCGGCGAAUCAUCUUCAGAGAUUUUCGGCAUCUUUCCCAACAGCGGUUGGAUAUACCUGCAUCGAAAUUUGGAUCGCGAACAUCAAGACGCGCAUUACUUCAGCGUGAUCGCGACGGACAACGGAACGCCUAGCCAAACGGCAACGGCGCGGGUUGUAGUGAAAGUGUUAGACGCUAACGAUAACGAUCCAGUGUUCAGCAGGGAAGUGUACGAGUACAGCGUCGAGGAAAAUGUCCGAAGAGGAUCCUUUGUCGGUAACGUUACGGCGACGGACGCGGAUGUCGGCGCGAAUUCCGCCGUGCGAUACUAUUUGAUUCCAAGCAACACCACCUUCCAGAUUAAUCCCGUUACAGGCGAAAUCGUCACCAAAGACGUCCUGGACCGUGAGGCAAAAGACGCUUAUGACCUGGUGGCGGAAGCUAGAGACCAAGGUUCUCCGUCCCGAAGUUCCCGAGUCCCGCUCAAAAUCAAAGUUUUGGACGUGAACGAUAACGCUCCGGAAAUUGUCGAUCCUCAGGAGGAUGUUGUCAGCGUGCGUGAGGAGCAACCUCCGAACACUGAAGUUGUUCGGGUACGCGCGGUGGAUUUAGACGACGGUAACAAUUCCUCGGUUACGUACUCGAUUUUGAAGAGCCGCGAUUCGGAUGGUUACGGUGUCUUUAGCAUCGAUCCUAUUACUGGAAUAAUCCGAACGAAAAUGGUAUUGGAUCAUGAAGAGAAGACAAUUUAUAGUCUCGCAAUCGCAGCCACUGACAAUGGAUUUCCUCCAAAACAGACGACCAGAAUCUUACGCGUUGAAAUUUUAGAUCUGAAUGAUAACCGACCCACUUUCACGAGCUCCAGCCUAAUCUUCAAAGUGAGAGAAGACGUCCCAGUUGGACACAUUGUGGGUACGGUUGCAAGUAGCGACGUAUCCGAUCGUGCAAAUACCAUUCCUGGAAGCAGCGGAGGCCACGUUAUGUAUACUUUAACAUCACUCACUUCUGAUCAAACUACUGAUGCUUUUGAUAUUGACCGAAGCAUUGGUUCAUUAAUUGUGGCUAGAGAAUUAGAUCGCGAACGUCAAUCUGAAUAUCGAUUAGAAGUUCGUGCUUUGGAUACAAGUGCCAUCAAUAACCCACAGAGCAGCGCAGUGACAGUUCGAUUGGAUAUAAUCGACGUCAAUGACAAUCCUCCACAAUGGCCUCAGGAUCCCAUCACAAUAUUAAUCGCAGAAGAUGCGGAAGUGGGAACGACAGUUUAUAACUUCACCGCUACCGACAAGGAUUUUAAAACUAACGGCGAAUUACGCUACUCCUUGCUAAAUCGGCGGUCAGAUUCCAAGCUAUUCAACAUCGACUCCCUAACUGGAGCGCUAAUCCUGGCCGCUCCUUUGGACUACGAACUUGUCACCGAAUAUACAAUUGUUGUACGAGCGACGGAUCAAUGUGUUAACGUCUCCGAGAGGUUGAGCACUACAGUGACGGCUCGAAUUAUAGUGACUGACGCAAACGACAAUUCCCCAAGCUUCGUCUUGCCAACGUCCUCUAAUGUUGUGGUCAGCGAUUCCGUUACCCUCGGCGAGGUCGUCACUCGGAUCCUCGCGGUCGACAAGGAUAAUGGCGACAAUGGACGAGUAACUUACAUAAUCGCCGGCGGCAACGAGGACAAUAAAUUCGCAUUAGGCUACGACACAGGGGUGCUAACCUUGGCGAAACCAUUCACGUUUACCGACUCAAUCAAGACGUUCACGCUGAACGUAACCGCAAGUGACCACGGCACGCCCACGAGACAAGCAAACACCGUACUUAAACUGGCGAUCCAAGGAUCGAUCCACAAUCCGCCUCGGUUCCUCAACUCUGAGUACCACGCCAAAAUCUCCGAGAAGGCCGCCUUGGGAAGCUACGUAACGAAAGUCGCGGCGAAAUCUGGCCUUCUCGAGGGAACCGGAAAUUUAACGUACUACAUUCCUUCAGGAAUCGCCGAUGAUGCGUUCGCAAUCGAUGCAAUAACCGGCGUCGUAACCACCACAGCGAUUUUGGACCAUGAAGCGCGGGAUCAUUAUAGUGUUCCGGUCUACGUAACGGACUCUUCCAAGGGUGACCACAAGGGUCCGGCCAAAACUCAAUUUGAUGUUACAAUACUUUCGGUUUAUGUCACUGAUGAGAAUGAUCACGCGCCUUCCUUUCACUCGGGGUCGUGCUCGUCACUAUCCAUUCCGGAAAAUAACGACCUUGCGGUUAUCCAUACAGUUGUCGCAAUGGACUUGGAUUCGGGGAAUAAUGGAGAAAUCACUUACAGCAUUACAGGUGGCAACCCAGGAAAUAAAUUCAGCAUCGAUAUGCACACCGGGGAGCUAACGGCGCGAUCCCUCGACAGGGAAUCGCAUUCCAGAUAUCACCUCGCAAUCACCGCCCAAGAUCAUGGCAAUCCCCCUCUUCAAGGGAUAUGCAACAUUACGGUCCGCGUCGAAGAUCAAAAUGACAAUGAUCCGAAAUUCGACAGCCUAAAAUACGCGGCGACCAUUCUGGAGGACGUUCCCGUUGAAACCUCGAUACUGCAGGUGCACGCUUCGGAUGCCGAUAUUGGUGUAAAUGCCAAAAUCAUUUACUCGUUGGCUAACGAAAGUCAGUGGUUAUUUCGGAUUGAUAAUAAAACUGGGAUUAUCACUACGACUGGAUUAUUUGAUCGAGAAAGGCAAAGUACCUACAACUUUGUUGUUGUGGCAUCUGAUAGCGGAAGAUACGACGCAAGAUCGCAAAAGGUUCCGGUGGUGAUAACCAUCGGAGAUGUAAACGAUAAUAAACCAAUAUUCAACCGGUAUCCGUUCAGAGAAAAAGUGGUCGCCUACAUCCAACCGGGUCAUACAAUUUUAAAAGUGUCUGCGUCAGAUGCCGAUCAGGGUACAAAUUCGGAAAUAGUUUACAGUUUGGUCAAUGACGGACUUUCGAAUAAAUUUCGAAUGAAUCCCACCACGGGAAUACUGAGUGCCACUCAGAGUUUGGCAAGUGAGAAUGGAAAAACGGUGUAUUUAAGUGUAGUGGCGACGGACAAGGGAAAUCCUCCUCAAAGUUCAACUGGUCUUGUUGAAAUUAACGUGGGGGAACUUUCUGACAAUUAUCCUAGGCUGAGGUUUCAGAAUGAGACUUACACUGUGAGCUUGUCGGAGAAUGCUGAUCAGUUUAGGGACGUGAUCAAAGUGUUGGCGGUCCGAACGGAUGGAAGACGUCAGAAGAUUAUGUACUCGUUCGGAACGGGGAAUGAGGCCAAUAUUUUCGUUAUUAAUUCUGACAGUGGGAUUAUUCAAGUGCGCAAUCCCAAGUAUUUGGAUUACGAGUUACGCAAAGAAAUCACUUUGGUCGUGGUGGCGAGAACUGAAGGCAAUCCGAAUCUUCACGGGUUUUGUUCUGUCAUAAUUAAGCUAGUAGAUCAGAAUGAUAAUGCUCCUACCUUCAGUCAGCAAGAGUACACUGCAACGGUCUGGGAAGGAAACAGUAAAGGCACGUUUGUGUUGCAAGUGACUGCGUUUGACGCGGACGAAGAUAAAAACUCGAGGGUCUUGUAUCACAUAGUUGACGGAAACCACGACAACGCUUUUAUGAUAGAACCUGCGUUUAGUGGAAUUUUAAAGACGAACAUUGUUCUGGAUCGAGAAAUUCGGGAUAUGUACCGAUUGACAGUGAUCGCUACAGAUGACGGUGUGCCGCAAAUGACUGGUACUGCAAGAGUGCGGAUUAAUAUUGUCGACGUCAAUGAUAACCAGCCCACUUUUCCUCCUCAUAGCAUUAUCACCGUUAGCGAAGCGACGGAAGUGGGAACAACACUAACAACAGUUACGGCGAACGAUGUCGACACAAAUCCUCCACUUACCUAUGGCUUCAUACCAGAGAGUGACCGUGAGGUUUUAAAAAUGUUUAGCAUUGACAGAUUCAGUGGAAAGGUUCACUUGAUCAAACCUCUGGAUUUUGAAUAUCGGCAGGAAUACACAUUGAAAAUUGCGGCGUCAGAUUCGGCUCACAUGGCCCAGUCCACGUUGACCAUCCGAAUCACGGACAUCAAUGACAACUCCCCCAUUUUCUCACAAAGUUUUUAUCAAGCAACUUUACCAGAAGGGAAUAUUAACAGUUUAAUUGAUCUACUAACCGUCAACGCAACUGAUGCGGAUUUUGGCGACAACGCAAGAAUUCGCUACUCACUCUUCUCGCCCGUUAGCGGAAUUAUUAUUGGAGAAAAUGACGGCACGUUGAAGGUCAACUUGAGCAAUGUAUCAACGAUUCGACAAGAUCUACAUUUAACAAUAACAGCUACUGAUCUGGGAAAUCCGCCCCUUCAUUCCUCGACGUCAGUCCGUAUAAAAGUUAACGCGGACGCCACAUUUGAACCACAGCCCCAACAGAGAAAUUACAGAAUACAAAUUCCCGAAGACACCCCCAAGGGAACUACAAUUUUACGUCUACCCAGCUCAAACCAAAAUCUCUACAUUACUGAAGGGAACGAUGAGGGCGUAUUUGAAAUCAGCAACCCAUCCGGCAGCAUAAUUCUGGUGAAUACCUUAGACCGCGAAGUACAUGCCACUUACACGCUAACCUUACACACCGGAGUCAUAUCGAAGAUGAAUAACACCGGGAUUGAAGUGUAUCUCACCAUCGAUGACGUUAACGACAACGCGCCAGUGUUCAAACAGACAGACCUGGAGAUUAACAUCGGGGAAGGAACCGUGAUCGGCACAAAUAUAAUUCAAUUUGUAGCCACCGACGCUGAUUUACCAGGAAGUGACAAUUCAAGAAUAAUAUUUGACAUCACCUCAGGAAACGACUACAACUUAUUCGAUCUCGAACUGAACACAGGAAUUUUGAGGGUCAACAACACCCUUGACUAUGACCGAGGAAUUACCGAUCACAAUUUCGUGAUCCGGGCAUGUGACUGCGGCUCGAUGCCUAUUUGCACGUUAAACAAUUUCCGCAUAUCUCUUACCGAUGAAAAUGACAAUUCGCCACAAUUCCCAGUCCUUGAGUAUCUGGAGUUCAUCGCGGAAAAUGAGCCGAUCGGUACCGCGAUUUUCACGGCGCACGCGACGGACUUCGACAAAGGAGUCUUCGGGACGCUAAACUACUCGAUCGUUGGUAUAUCUUCGAGCGCGAAAUAUUCCGGAACGGAUGAGACCUCGAAAUUGUUCCACGUGGAUUCGAACACCGGUUUGGUGACCACAAACUCCGUGUUUGACUACGAGCAAAAGAGCCGGUACAUAUUCACGCUGAAAGCUGCCGAUAUCGGUGAUAAAUCGGCGACUGUCAAGGUGAGGAUUGAAAUAGAAAGUCGCGAUGAAUUCCAUCCUCAAUUCACGGAACGUACAUAUCGCUUCGUUUUGGCAACACCGCCUUCAGGAAGCCUACCCGCCGGGUACGUUGCCGGGCAUGUCACCGCCACAGACCGAGACAAAGGCCCCGAUGGCAGAGUCGUAUAUCAACUAACCACCCAACACCAAUACUUUCGCAUAAACAGGACCACGGGAGCGAUAUUGAUAAAGAAGAAAUUUAACAACGCCGAAGCUUUAGAGGCGGGCAAGGACAUAAGUUUGGUGGUCACCGCCAGUUCGGGAAGGCAGGGGUCACUAACUAAUAUGACAGUCGUUGAGAUCACGCUAGACCCCCUAGCAGAUCCUGGCACAAACCUAGCCAUAAACACGACCGUGGCCGCGGCCAACGGAGGGAUAGCAGAUUGGGCGCUGGGACUACUAAUCGCCUUCUUACUGCUGCUGAUAACCUUCGGUGCGGUCUUCGUUUUUUUACACAUGCGCAACAAGCGCAAUAAAAAAGUGAACAAGCCUAGUCUGAGCAGCGAGACGGUCGCGUCCUCCAACAAUUACGUCGAUCCAAGCGCCUUCGACACGAUACCGAUUCGAGGAGGGGUCGUCUCCGGAAACAAUCAAUUCGCUCCCCCUAAGUACGACGAAAUUCCCCCGUACGUCGCGGGACACGCUGCCAGUUCAAACUCGGGCGCGGCGACCACUUCUGAACUGUCAGGCUCCGAGCAGUCCGGUUCGAGCGGACGAGGCUCGGCCGAGGACGGCGAGGAUGGAGACGACGAGGAAAUUCGAAUGAUAAACGAGGGACCUUUGCAGAGGGACUCCGGGAUUCAUCGACAGAAUGAAGAUGACGAUAACUUAUCGGACGUUUCGGUCCAUAAUACUAAAGAGUAUUUAGCGCGUUUAGGAAUUGUAAAUAGCAAUAGUGCGGGUGCUCCUCAAACGGCGACGCGAAUGUGCGCAGAUCCGCGGACUAGUAGCAAUAAGGACACUUUGCACCACCACCAAAGUGUUCCAUUAGAUGGACUUCACAUGUUUGAGGAGCACGGUGGCGCCGAAAAUGAUAUUACUAAUUUAAUUUAUGCUAAGCUAAACGAUGUUGCUAGCAGCGAUAGAGCUAGCUCGACGGGCGAGGGAGGUGCUGUAGCUACCACGAACUUGGGUGGCACAAUGGAUCAUGUUAUGGCUAUUGGAGGCUAUGGUGAUGUACCGACAGUUACACAUCAACCGUCGAUGAACGGUUCUUUAAGUUCCAUUGUUCAUAGUGAAGAAGAAUUAGCGGGUAGUUAUAAUUGGGAUUAUUUAUUAGACUGGGGACCUCAGUAUCAACCGCUUGCUCACGUAUUUUCAGAGAUCGCAAGACUGAAGGAUGAUACAGCAUCCGUACAAAGUGCCACAAGUGGAAACUCUAGCAUAAAGAGUAAAAGCUCAGUUGCACCUGUUAAAAAUGUGCCCCCUCCGUUAAUUACGAGCGUUGCGCCCAGAUCGAUCGCGAUGCCCGUAUUGAACGCACGAGGAGGUUCUAGUCAUCAUAUCGCCAGCAGUCAUAGUCAGGUUCACAUGCUACCAAGAUCACCGAUCAAUCACGAUGCUUCUGGUGCGACCUUUUCGACAUCAACCGCCAUGUCGCCCAGCUUUUCGCCAUCGUUAUCACCCUUAGCGACGAAAUCUCCCUCAAUAUCACCUCUAGUUACGCCGGGAGUGCCGACGUCACAUCACGUUGUGUCGAGGCAUCCGCCACAAAGUCGAAACAAAACAGUUGUCGAUACGGAACUAAGAAUAUAGUGAUCCUGAGGAACAAAGUGUCUGGCUGUGUAAAUUUAAUUAGUAUUCCAAAAAGACUAUUAUUUAAAUUGUUGUGAACAAUCUUAAAUUUGUAAAUAUCUGUACAACACUUUUGCUCAUUAGUUUAUAAGUAGUUAAUUUUGUCUGCCAUUUUUAGCCAUUAAGACUGUAACCGUAACUGAACAUAGAGAAUGAAUUUUUGUAUAAAUAUUUAUAGUACUAUUUAAUUACGUUGUGUAUAUGUAUAAAUCCUCCUCAUAAAGUAAACAUUUUUGUAAAUUAUUCCACUGUUAACCACAUUAUUUGUUGUAACGUACGAAUUUAGCAAAGAAUUCGAAA